AUGGGCCAGGAACAGUCCAAUACGGUGGGAGCAAAAAACCCUCCUUCACUGACACCAAGUACUUCUACCUCCACAAAUUUACGUUCACUAUAUGAUAUAGCUUAUCAACAACAGCAAAGCGACGACAACGAGGUUGAGAAUAAUUCGAUUAUAGGAGAGGACGAAGCCGAGGUGGAAGAGGGCAUUAUCCAGGUCGUAAGAGGACCUGAAAAUAUUGAAGAAGACGAAGAGCUGGCACUAUUGAAGAAAAUGCAGAAAUUUGAGCCUUUUAUCAAGGAGCAAGACAAGGGAUUUAGCAUUGAACAUUUAUUGGGCUUGAAAUCAAAAGAUUCUAAAUCAAAAGAGCCCAUCAAGGAAGUGCAAGCCAUAUCUGAUCCAUUUCUGGAUAUCUUCUUUGGAUUACAGGCUCAUAUUAAAGAACAAAUGUCGCACAUCAAUCUAGAGCAACGCAUCUUGAUGAAGCGCAUUGCUUACGUCGACGAGUUGAGCACAACAUCAGCGCAGACAAUGAAGGCUGCAUUCAAUCAAGCUAAACUAGCAGCCGAUAAAGUAUCUGAAGCUGCCAUUAUCAAGGAGCAAGCAGAAAAGGCUCGAAAUUGCAUGAUAGACAUUUUCAAGGCGUUAAGCAAGCUGGAACAGAACCUGGAUCCAGAAGAUAGAAUAUUAGCAACCAAGGAUAUCAAUUCAAAAUGGCCCAUAUUAAACCAGUUGCGAACCAGAGUAUCCAAAUCAGCCGACAUGCCCUUGCUCGAGCGAUACAUUAGCAGCACUAGUGACAUGACAACUGUGGGUACAUCUACAUCUCCCUUAAUCGAAAAGGUCAUUGUAACAAGGGAACCGGUAAUGGCUGAUGACCCACAUAUUCAAAAUGACCCAUUAAAGAUGGAGUCCACAUCUACAUCCUCUUUGGCUUUAAACAGAUUACGAGGAUUAUCCUCGAAAUCCAUCACUAAAAUCUCGUCUCCCUCUCAUAAUGAAACCUAA